CGAAGGCCCCACGUUUGCGGCAGUUGCGCAGAGGAAAGGGGAGGUGGGGUCGCCACCCGCCGCAAACGGAGGAACUGGAGGCGGGAGUAUGGGAGACGUCGGGAAGCAGCGAGGAUGGCCUGGACUGCGAAGGGGCUGGCUUCUGGGCGGUGCCAGGUCCUUAAGGGGGCGAGGCUUCCCGAGGAGGCACAGGCGGCCACGUCCCGCUGUCCCGAUGUAAAGCAGCCCUAGGAUUGUGGUCCUCUGGGUCUGCAGACAUGUCCGACGUGAGGAACCGAAAGAAGCCGGGGCCCAAGGUAUCCUCUGCGGAGCCCGUGAAGCGGAGCGAGGGUGGGAAGAGCCCUCCCGCGGCCCGUGGCGGCGGAGGCGGGGGCUGGGCGGACCCCCGGACCGGGCUGAGCCUGCUGUCGCUGGGGACGUGCCUGGGCCUGGCCUGGUAAGUGCCCGCGACCUCCCCCGGGCCCUAGAUCCUCGCGUCACCGCCCUGCCCGGGCCCCACCCGGCCGGGCGUCCCGCUAACCUA